AUGGGUGCACAAAAAUCACUGACAGUGUGUCUGCUGUUUUGCAGCACGUGUUACAGUCUUAGCAGAUUCUGUUCCAAGCUGAAACAUCUGGAUCUGACAUCCUGUGUUGCCAUCACAAACAGUUCUUUAAAAGGCUUAAGUGAGGGUUGCAGAAAUCUGGAACAUUUGAAUCUUUCCUGGUGUGAUCAGAUUACGAAGGAUGGUAUUGAAGCACUGGUGAAAGGGUGUAGUGGACUAAAAGCUCUAUUUCUUAGAGGUUGCACACAGUUAGAAGAUGAAGCAUUGAAACACAUUCAAAAUCACUGUCAUGAGCUUGUAAUCCUGAAUUUACAGUCGUGUACACAAAUUUCAGAUGAAGGCAUUGUGAAAAUCUGUAGAGGAUGUCAUAGACUGCAGUCACUCUGUGUUUCAGGCUGUAGCAACCUGACAGAUGCUUCUCUCACAGCACUUGGUCUGAACUGUCCAAGGCUGAAGAUUUUGGAAGCUGCAAGAUGUUCACAUCUCACAGAUGCGGGGUUUACCCUUCUUGCACGGAAUUGUCAUGAGCUGGAGAAAAUGGACUUGGAAGAGUGUGUUUUGAUAACUGACAGCACAUUGAUACAGCUCUCCAUACACUGUCCUAAGCUGCAAGCAUUGAGCUUAUCUCACUGUGAACUGAUCACUGAUGAUGGGAUUCUUCACCUAAGCAACAGCACCUGUGGGCACGAGAGGCUGCAGGUGCUGGAGCUUGAUAAUUGUCUCCUCAUCACGGAUGUGACUCUGGAACACCUGGAGAACUGCCACAACUUGGAGAGAAUUGAGCUGUACGACUGUCAGCAAGUCACACGAGCUGGAAUCAAACGGAUCAGAGCUCAUCUACCUCACGUGAAAGUUCAUGCUUACUUUGCUCCAGUAACGCCCCCUCCAUCGGUUGGAGGGAGUGGACAGCGCCUCUGCAGAUGCUGUAUUAUCCUCUGACAGUGAGUGCAGCCACACAGAAAAAAUUGUUGUUGAAGAAUGGGACAGCAAGUCAGCAGAAGGAGUUGGUUUCCUGACAAUUCCUGAUGGUGGUGUGUUUGGUCAUUCAUUUUGUGACAAGACAAGUGGUUAGGGUUUUUUUUUUUUUUCCCAGUAAAAAUCUUGACAUAAUGUGCAGCUGUGGAUUAAGUUGAUGAUGCGUUGGUUUGUAUUAGUAACGCCUUCCUUCUGUUGGCAUGAGAACUGUGGUACCAUGUCAAAGGUGUGGGCAUUGCAGCAUAGCAGCUAUUUGGUGGAAGUUUCAUUGAAUUUGGAAGUUAAUUUGCAUUUGUCAGCAUUGGUUGGUGUGAAGUUCUGCUGUAACAUGGGGCGUGAGGACUGCUCAUGUCAAGGAACUGAGCCUGCUGUUCUGUAAUAUACACCACAGAUCAAGUGUCAGGUUUAAGAACAAAUCAGCUUUAGCAGAUGUUGACCAAAAAAUGCAAAGUAAUCAUAAACUCUUACAGUGAAACAGAAGUUCGUUCUUUUUCAUGAUUCAGCUUCAUACUUACUUAUGUAACAGGACAUAAUAGGCAACGUCAAAAGGUAAGGUAGUACCUGAAGAUACCCAUAGAAG